CUCCGGUUUGUUGAAGUUGCAAACUAUAUUUUAAUUUUUGUAGUUAGCUGCAAUCUGCAUAGAUAACGUAGUGAGAGAUGAAAACAAUUUUGGUACUUCAUGCAGUAUUAUUACUUGCUCGUAGUAUUCAAACAGAAACUGAACCUUCCAUUAAAACGGUUAACGAUGAUGAUCUCAUAAAAUUGUUUCAUCAACAUUCCAAUUUAGUGGUUCUGUUUUCAAAACCGAACUGCGCCGAAUGUGACAAGUUGGAAACUAUUUUAGUAAAUCUUAGUCAAGAAGUCAAAGACAAUCUGGAGGCUGAUAUAGUAAAGGCAACGAGUAGUCAAAUGGUACGUCUUUAUAGUCCAACAAAAGAACCUGCUGUUGUAUAUUUUCGACAUGGUGUGCCUCUGCUGUAUGAUGGGCCACUGCACGAAGACACACUUAUUGCUAAAUUUGUACAAAACAAAAUCCCAAAUGUUAGGGAAUUAUCGGACGAAAACUUCGAACAUCUUACGCAAGCUUCUAGCGGAGCAACAACUGGUGAUUGGCUGAUUAUGUUCUAUACAUCAAAUUGUGUGGAUUGCCAACGGUUAACCGCUGUAUGGGAAGCAGUCGCUGCUGAUCUCAAAAAUCGGAUGAAUGUUGCUCUUGUCGAAAAGGACGGAAAAGGAAGUGACACAGCGAACAGAUUUGGUGUUACAGAAGUACCAUCGGUUAUAUUCUUGCGGCAAGGAAAAUUCUAUCGAUAUGAAUUCGGAAAAAUGGGUAUUAAGCCAUUAGUGUUGUUCGCUCAAGACUCUUAUAAGCACGUUACACCCCACAAGGUUCCGUUACCUCCAGCGCCAUUCGAUGUGUUUGUUGCAACAACCGUGCAAUACCUCAAAAUGAUUCCUGAAUUGAUUAUUGCACUGCAGAAUGAAUACCCUGUUUUAUUUUACUCUGUCAUUGGACUGUGCAGCUUUGUAAUUUUUGGGUUCACAGCAACAAUCAUUCUAGCUAUUAUAACGCGUUGCAAAGCGGCCGCUAAAAGCAAAAAGACAAAAACGAAAAAGGCUAAAUAAUGUGUCAUGGUUUUUAAACUACGCUUUUUUAUAAACAUCGAAAAUUAUUAAUAAAUGAUAUUAUAACAACUGUUCUU